AUGGAUGCAAAAGUGGCAGAGUCAGCUAUUCCAGUAACCUACAAUGCAUUCUUCUACGGAACUCUCAUGGCACCUGAAGUUCUCCACCGUGUAAUCUACGGUUCUUCCUCACACCCCUCUACCUCUCUAACCAUCGUUCCUGCGCUUCUCCCAGACUAUUGUCGUCACCGCGUCCGCUUCGCCGACUACCCCGCCAUCAUUUCCGAGCCCGGGCACACCGUUCGCGGCACCUACGUCAGCGGUCUCACACCCUCUAACAUGCGAUCUCUGGAUUGGUUCGAAGGAUCUCAAUAUGAACGCAAGGUUGUCACGGUGAAGAUAUUGACUCCUAAAGAUAAGUCGCAUGUACAUGGUAGUAGUGGAAUUAUGGCAGAAGCCAUUGAAACGGGAGAGGAAAAGCAAGCGCAUACGUAUGUAUUUACUGAUCUGAAUGAGCUUGAAAAGGGAGAAUGGGAUUUUGCAUUUUUCAGACGCGAGAAAUUGAGGAAUUGGGCAGACGAGAGUGAAGAGUAUGCCGAAGUUGAUGCGAAUGUCGUCAAAGGCGUUGAGAGCGAAAUUGGUAUCUAUGAAUUUCUAGACCAAAAGGAUUCUACCGGUGGACGAGGUGUUAAAACUGCAAUGGGGAAGGAAUUGAAGGAGUUAUCGGAUAAGAACAGGGAAGAACAAAAGACUUUGGAGGAGAAACAGAGGAUUGCGAAGAAAAAGGAGUUCAAAUGUCAGCUCACUGCCGGACAGAUGGAAUUUCUUGGGUUGAUCAUACUCAUAUGGUUAUGCAUAGGGCUUCGUCUGGCGUAUGCAUAUUGCCCAUUUACAGAGUUCUUAACUUUGCUUGGAUAUCCAAGCAAACUCUUCUAA